CAACCUAAAAAAAGGCAUUAACGUAUAUAUCAAACAUAAAUCAAAAUCAGACAAUAAAUAAAAAAUAAAAUAAAAUAAGAUAAAUAAAAUUAAAAUUACAUACAUAGACACAAUGUGCUUUGAGUGCAGGGAAGUGAAUAGGAAUCAGACAUACAACAAAAAUAAGAAUAUGAAUAGGAAUCAAACAAACAACAAAAUAAAAAUAAAAACAGUCCAGCCUCCUUGCGUUCUCUCCUCCCCGACUGUCUCCAGACCAUCCAGUUAGGAGUUGGGGGGCUCCUCCUCCCGCUCCGCCGGUAGUCCACCACAAGCUCCAAGUGUGUGUGAGUAUGUGUACACAGACAGACAGUCAUACACAAUUAUGUGUGAACAUAUUGUUGCAAUAAAUGUUGAAAUAUUAAUAGCAAUUUGGCGAGAAAAUCGCGACCCUGGCAACUGCAGCAUGGACAUUACAUUUUACUUCCCUGGGCGGGUCUAAUGAGAAUUUCACCAAUGGAAAAAAGGUAUGUGGGGGAGUCGGGAGUGAUGAUGGUUGUCAGGGAAACACUAAAGCGUGUACACACUGACGGCUGGAGAAUGAGUAUCUCUUAAAAAUGGAUGCUUUAGGACAUUUAGAAGUCAGGUGGGUGCAGGGUUUCACCAGCCGGAACGUUGCAUUUGUGGACAGGAAAACGGCAUGUUACACCUGUGGAUGUUUUGUGGUUUUCUUGGACGUCGAGACCAAAACGAGGCAAUUUCUCCAUAGCCCCGGUCGCGGAAUCGGGGCAUUCACAACCAAUGGACAUUUGAAAAUGUUGGCUUUUUCUGACCAGAAACUCAAUCCCUCUAUUUACGUGUACAGCUACCCAGAACUUACUCUUCAGUGUGAGCUUGAAGGCUCAGCUCAACUGGACUACACAGCUCUGGCACUAAGUGAUACUGGUCCUUACCUUGCUUGUUCCUCAUCUGUACCUGAUCACACAAUCACGAUUUGGGACUGGGAGAAAAAGGUUCCAUUAUGCAGCCACGCUCAGAUGAAAGAAGACUUCCCAAUUUUAGUGUUCAAUCCCAUGAACUGGCACCAAAUCUGUGCCAUGAACUCCAGCUCACUUGUGGUUUGGAACAUUGAAAGAAGUGACAACCUAUGCAUUUUAAAACAAAGUGUAAUACACCUCCCAGCCACAGAUGGCAGUGUGGUGCAGACAGGGAUGGGCCCCUCACAGGAUGCCAAUGGGAAGCUUUCGUACCUCGGCCCUCAGAUGCCCACCUCUUCCAUUGCUGGUCUCGUAGGGGAGCGCGCAGACAGAUUUGUGCCUAAGCUUCACAAGAAGCCUCAGCUAAGCCCUAGCAGUGUGUGCUGGUCGGCUGCAUCUCAUCUGUAUGUGGGCUGCAGGGAGGGCUGGCUGCUUAGAGUCAACGCUGAGUCUCUGCUUGUCUCCAUCCUCCACAGACCAAAACACAGAAAGGGAGCUCAUAACAUUGCAGCCUUACAGGAGGGCAGUUUCCUAAGCAUGGCGCUGCACAAAGAUCGACUACUUGUGUCUGGAGAUGAUGGGUUUCUGCACAUUCUGCAGGUAAAGGGGAAUGUGUUGGAGGUCACACAGACAGUGGAGCUGGAUGAGCCUGCCUCCAGCAUGUGUUGCUCAUCGCCGGACAAGGAGAGUGUGCUGCUGGCCACCAAUUCUGGUCAUUUUUACCACUACAAACCCUCUGAGUCGGAGAAGGCAAGGAAAAUCCUUGAGGUCUUGAGAGGGGGCUUUGUGGCUGCAUCUCCACUGCACACAGAGGAGAACCUAUACUGUGUGUCUGUGAGAGAGAGUGGGGAGCUGCAGCUGUGGUCUAUGGAUGCUGGACUCUGCGUUGCAUCCAUCAAUCUGCACGUUCAGGCGACAACUCUGACCUGUUGUCUAGUGGCACAGUAUGUAGCCGUGGGAACUGCUUCGGGCCAGGUCCUGUUUGUGGACCUGUCCAUGAAGGAACAUCCUCGCCUGGUGCACCGAAUCCAACUCUACCACACACCCGUGGAACACCUGCUGUUUGAGCAAGGAGGGAACUACCUGAUUAUAAGUGGCUCAGACACAAACAUUUUCCUUCUGGAUCCGAGGCCCUCCAAAGGCUUUGAUGUCAUCGGAUACAUAGAAGCCGAUGGGCCAGUGGUAUCCCUUUCUGCUCUGAACAUCAAGGAGGGGGAUCUUGUGAAGGUGGUGGUUGUGUGUGGAGGAACGAGGGAUGAGCAGAUGGAGAGAGGAGUGAAAGGGGGGAAGAGAAUCAGGCUAUUCACUCUGCCCACUCAGAAGAUCUCAUCAGAGCACCCUGACUGUGUGGACCAAAGUGGUCGUAUUUUCUCUGGGCUGCUGCAGGUGUGCUACUAUGAGGCAAACCUCCCCCUCUCCUCCUGUGCACUCAGCCUCAACAGGCUAUAUGCCUACUGCCAUCCGAAGAAGACUAUUCAGACAUACCAACUUCCAGAGAGCAUGGGUUCCUUAGACGCCCCUGUGUCUGUGGCCCCCGAUAAUGAGGUGGAGGGCCACCCCCUGGGGCCCGCCCUGCUGCUGAUGUCUCCCCACCACGCCUGGCUGGCAACAGUAGGCCGCGACGGCUUUCUGUACCUGCGAGCCUCCUCCAACUUGGACCAGUAUUUACAGCUUCAGUGUCACUCUAGUUGGCUGGGUGGGGGGCGGAGCCUAGCUUUCACCUCAGACAAUCAGGCUCUCCUCAGCACUGGCCUCAGAGAUGGCAGUCUGGUGUGCAUCAAACACAGGCAGAUGGUGAAGGGGGCGGCCUCCCAGAAGAGCCAAUCAGUGGCCUACGCCGAGAGCUCCGCCCUCUGCCAGAUGGCUGAGUGGGACCCGGCAACGCAGUCUGCUACUGGGUCCACCAGCGAGGAGGGGGUGCGGCAGCGAUCAGACAUUGAUGUGACAGAGCAGGAUGACAGCUACUGCAGUCCUACCUCUGAAGCCCUCUCUAGCGCCACCUGGCUGGACAACAAGCUAGAGCUGGUCGGUAAAGAAGAAGACCAGCAGUUCACUGAGAUAAAGCAGAACCUGAGGAAGUCCGUUAAAGAACUCCGAGACACUAUUCAGGUGAUGAUGAGGGAAAAUGAGGCCCUGCCUGAGAUGGAGCGUCUGGAGCAGCAGGAGUUUAAUUUGGACGUGAUGGAGAGGAAACGACUACAGGCAGAGGGAGAGCAGGAGGUCCAGAGGGUGAGGAGUGAGAUUGAGAUGGAGAACCUGGCAAAGAGCUACCUGCGGGAGGUGCUAAAGAGAGAGUGCUGGGACUCCAUGAAAGUCAAAGGCAAAGCCAUCAUGGCCUUCAACAUGCCCUAUGAGGUGAAGAACUACGCCAUGAGGGAGAGAACUCAGAAGGAGCUGGAUGAGUUACUGCGAGUGGAGAACAUGAGGAAGAUUGAACUUGCAGACUCGAAGCUUCAGCAGGAGAUUCUGGAGCACAUGGCCUGUGUGCUGACGGAGCGUGAGGAAGACGAGGAUGAGAAAGGAUCAGAGGAGGAGAGCCUGGCCCACAGUGGCAGUCUGAGUGCCCAGUAUGGAGGCACCCAGCCACUACUACACAGCCAGUUCAGCCUGCACAUCAGAGAGCAGAAGAUCAACCAGAUCACCCUGCUGCAGGAUGUCAUCUACAAGGUGAAGAGUGCCUUCAAUAAGGAGUUUGACGGCGUGUACAAGCAGAAGGAACGGGAGAUGCAGCGUGUGUGUGAGAAGAACAAACGCAUCACAAAGAUCAUGGCCGAGCUGGACCUGAAGGAGACCCUCUGGGAGCCCAAGCUCUCUGCAAACGAGAGGCCAGAGAGGGCUCUGACAGUGGACGACUCAGAGAUCAAAGUGGAGAAGUUCUUGAGCCCAGAGCAGAGGCAGAAAGACGAGGAGAAGGGAAAAGAGGAGGACAAGAGGAGACUCGAGGCGAAGAGUGAUAACAUCAGGGAACGCGCUCUGGACGACAUGAUGGCAGGAGUGCUAGAAGUCAAGAGGGAGGACACCCUAAAGAUGGAGAUCUCUCCGCCCGAGUUCAUGUCCAAGCCAGAGCUACAGUGGACAGAGGAGGAGAGGAAAGCCCACAAGGACUACGAGAAGAAGGUCCAGGAGCUGCAGGAGGAGCAGGAGAAGUACCGCAAGGCUCUAGAAUCAGAGAUGAAGAAACUGCAGACAUCCAUCAAAGAGGCAGCACAGGGCUUUGAUGACAUCCUCACGAAACUGUUUGAGAGGAAGGUGAAAUCAGAAAUGGUGAUAAACCAGGAGGAGCUGAAGAUUGCUAACCUGAUUCACUCCAUACUAAUCGAGGACGAGAUUAUCAACAGAGAGAAGGAGCUGAACCACAAGCUGGAAAAGAUGAGAGCUUUAAAGCAAAACAUGGGGGAGGACCUGAAGAAGUACAGGGAGGAUGUGGAUGUAUUCAGAGAGACAUACGACAACAUCGUGGCAGAGGACAAGCUGCUUGACCGUGGGUUUCGUAAAGAGUUCUUCGAUAUACCAGGACAUGUAGUUGACCAGCUGUACAAACUUUACAAGAGAAGGCCCAGGGUUCACCAGAUCCGUACGCAGACGGACAUGCCCAGUGGAGCGGGGUCGGGCCAGGCGCAGACUGAGGGCCUGUCUCAUAUGCUGAAGGCCAUGGAGGAGCUGGACUCCGGGGAGCAGAUGCCGGACGGACUGGACCCAGCCGUGUGGGAACGCUUCUGUAAUUCCAGGAGGGCCAAGGUGGAAUGUGAGCACCAGGUGAAGACAAAGGCUCUCACCAUGGCAGAGAUGCAGGCCUUUCUACAGAGGAGAACCGACGAGGACGAGAACACUCGUCUGGAGAUCAUAAACCUCAUCGAGGGGAUUAACAGUCUACGUGAGGAAAAGAUGCGUUUCCGUCUGGACAUCAUGGUGCAGUUCCUGAUCAAGCAGGGCCAGGUGGAGGUGGAGGUUGGGGACUUGGUGGCCGACUACUCUGACUCCUUGCUGCUGCACCGCAGUGUGGUGGAGGAACUCAACGGCACCAUUAGGACGCUGGGAGAGCAGAAGAUCGCCAGCAUGGUGGAGUGUAAGGACUUCAGGAAGGGCAUCAUCCAGCAGGAGUGGGAGCACAAGAGGAUGCGUAUGCUGAUGGAGGACCUCAACAACAAGGCCCGCGACAUCCAGAUGUUACGGGUGUCUCAGGAACUUCAGGAGUACUUGGGUGAGACAGACCAUGACAAUAGACUGUCCAAGCAGGUUUUGACUCUGGAGAAAACUAUUGCUCAACAGGAAACGAUGCACCUGAAGAAUGUGCAGAACACAAAGCGUCUGAUUAAGCAGCUGGAAAAGCAGGCUGCCGUGAAGGCUAAGAAGAACAUCGUUCUGGACACACAGCUGGCCAGCAUGCAGAUCACUGUGGCCGAGAGGAGAACCAUCUAUGACACCAUAGCCAUGGAGGAUAACCAGGAGGCCGGGGCCGAUGAGCGCUACAGGGAGAUCCUGGAGCGGAAGCGGCUGGUGGAGCUGGCCAAGGAGCAGGCCCAUGAGGUGGCGGUGCUGCGUGCAGAGGUGGAGAGGAUGAGGAUGAAGACCUUCCCUGCCCUUGCCCAGCUCAAACGCAGCUGAUACACCACUGACAUGUCAACAAGGUCCAGCUCAGACCUGGAGUUUGAUAUAUUACUGAGUUUAUUCAUAUAAAUAUUUCACAA